GUCGUAUCUGGAGAAGGAAGUGUAACAAUUAGAUGGAACAAUAGACGAAGAAAUAAUCGAAUAACAUGCAAAAAGGUUCAAUACCUUAAUACCAUAUCAUGAUAGUUGUCGAUGAUAUGGUUUAAACGGGAAAUUAAGGUAUAAACACUCAAGUUAAAGGUAUUAUAACGACGUCGAAUAAUAAUCCACGAUGUUCACAUAUUCGAAAACGAUCUAUCAGUGUAGUGCUAUUACCAAGGAUUAGUUACCUGUUUUAGAAACUGAUUUUUUUUAGCAAUGAACGCAAUAUCAUUCUCCUCAUCACGCAAACAAAAACGUCUGGGUCCUGCUCCCUUCGCAUCAAUGGAAGAUACUUCUACAGAAGAAAAAGGACAGAUGGAGCAUCAGAACAAUCACCAGGCAUAUCGUUCGACAAAUGACAAGUUCUCAAAUGAUUUUCAUCGAACUUCACCUACCAAAUCCUUAGAGAACCCCUCGGCGCUGGCACCUGCAACGCCUCGCAUCGAUAUUAGUAGAGCCUCUUCUCACUCUUCUCAUCAUGAUAGUAGAGACAGCAGCCCCGAAAAUGUGUUCGAACAAGUUGGUACAGGCACCCUUCAAGACUCAGGCGGACUUGGUUUUCGGGAGGAAGACACACUGGAUCUACGGAAUUCUACCGAAGAGCUACAGUUUAUGGAAUCGGAGAAAGGAACAGACGAAAAAGAAAAACCCAAAACGCAAUUAAUGUAUGGCUCUUCGUCAGUACAACGAGCCUCGCCAAUCAUUUGGAAGCUGGAUGAUGCACCAACUACACUGCUCAGCCAAUUGCAGCAGCACCAACAACUUCUUAAUCGUAAAGAUUCCGCUAGUUCGGAGGUAGUAGCAUUUUUAUCCAUCUCUGGUCGCACAAGUCGUCUUUCGAGUGUAGGCAGCCAGGGAUCGGCCAAUAGUAAAUUAUCAGCUACAUCAGCUUUAUCAGGAAUCUCCAGAUCACCUUCGCCACAUAAAAUGCUUCUUGAAACAUCGUUUUGCGGUACAAAGCCAUCGCAAAACUUUGCAGACGGAAGUAUUGCCAGCUCGAGUCUAGAGCCUACUACAGAGAAUGUUUUAGAGCAAGUCAUACUGUCACGUAAGAAGGAUCCCACUGUUGCCGUCCUCGCCGAAGGUGUGCAGCUACAACUACCAAUAGAAGACUCUAUCGCGCAGCAGGCAGCACCAAUCGUCGUUGCGAAUAUUUCUGGGUUUGAACAACAUUCUAACGGGGACGAUAGGCACGUUCGACGCAAAUCGGAUUGUGGCACCGCAACCGUGUGCCUUGAUAUGAUGCCCCAUUUCAAGAUGGGCCAGACAAGCCGAAGUGUCGGGAAUAAACGCAACAUUCCUCCACGGGAUUUGAAAAACUCCAUCAUUGGUGUGAUGCCUAGUGGCACGGAAUACAUUCGAAUUAAGCUUAAACCAGACCAUUGUUAUAGCGACAAUGGCAUAGCGGACAACGAACGUGUCAUUGAAAAUGCAAAAGAAAACGGUGGUUCUGAAUUAGUCAUAACCCAUCACGAGGUACCAAACAUUACUAGGUCACCGUCACCGGCUAACGUGAGUGUUUCUCGCAAGAAUUCGUUUUGCUCGUUGUUUAAGUUUAAAGAAACCACCCCCAUUGAUAAACUACAUGACCUUCAGCAGAGUCAGCAGUCGCGCAAAAAGCGUACCUCUACAACGUCAAACGAAUCAGGUGCAAUUGGUAUCGAUGCGUCCGCCAACUUGACACCUUCGAAACAAAAAUUAGUCCUGAAGAUGUUUAGACCUAAACGUGAUUCAAAGUCGAAAUCACCAUCUCCAAUGGGAUCAGCUUCCGAUCAGUUGUAUGAUGGCGAAGAUAGAGUUGACGUUGGUGGAGAUUACUCUUUAAUAAGCAAUAAGAACACCACGCAAGUUUCUUCCGCGACAACUGGAUAUCGUAGCUGGGGUGGAAAAGCACUAGAUGGACAAAGUAUACACAUUCCGUUGCAUACUCCUCCGGAAGAACGUCGUCCUCGUGAAACAUUACCAAGUUCAGCAGUAAAUGCGAUAUCCACAUCAUCAGUGGCAUUAGAUAGUAUAUCAGUGUCGACCUCGAUAACAUCAAUUCUAAAGAACCCUAAACCGAAAACUGUUCCAAAGCAACCACGUAUUGCUAACAUGACGGUUACGAUACACGAUCGUCCUAAACCGAUGCCUCCCCUCAAAUGCUAUCGCAUUGAUAAUCCCGAUGGCAGCAUACUCAUCCCACUUAAGUCACCAAUUGAAGAUAAAACUAUUGAUUCUCACCACUGGGAAAGUGUUAUUGGAGAGCUAUCUCAACGUAUCGAGAAGCAGACAUGUGAGGAUCGAGAAGAAACUGUAGAUAUAGUAAUCCCUAGAAAGAAAACCAGUAAAAACACUGACCUCAUCAAAACAGGCUUAUUGCUUCAAGAAUAUGAUAUAGAAUCGUUAAAUAGCAAUCAAAAUCGGAUUAAAAAUUCAAUGGUAGCAUCACCACCAAAAUCGUCCUCUCCAAUGCCGCCACCACCACCUCCACCUCUACCUACACUAUCACAACCGUUAUCGUCACAACCCGCGCCUGUGAUACCCACAACUUUUAAACAAGAAGCAUGUGAGGUACAGUCUAAACUAAAAAAAAAUGCAAACCCCGGAAUUGAAAAGCUUGGAACUUUACCGCAACAAGUGGCUACGGCAGCGAAAAUGAUGCAAAAAAAACAGCAACAGCAGGCCUUUUUCCAUCUUCGAAUGAGCUCCGGAAGUGAUGACAAGAUAUUCAGCACUACUUUGAAUGAUUACUCGACGGAGCUGGAACAGCAUACCUCUACUGUUGGCUCAUUACAUAGGUCAACUGAUAACCAUAACAACAUCAGUAGCGAACUGCCCGGAAAAGCGUUUGCCGGUAAUUGUAGUGAUACUCCAAGUGAAGCCCUAACAUCUGUUAGUGUAACGUCAUCUUCACCUCAACAGGUCUCGAAGCAGGAGAGGGGUGAACAGAUUCGGAUCGAGCAACAUUCUAAACUAUGCGAAGGACAUACUCAUCAUAAUACACUCAAUAACUGCAGCGAGGCUGCGACCGAAAUUCCACCGAAAAUUUACAACACUGCCGCCGUCGCAGCACAUCGAAGCACUUGCAUCGGCCCAAGUGAAUGCACUGGUAAUGAUUUUAAACACCAGAACGCUAACCAAUCGCUACAGCAAUUACAGUUUCAACAUCUUCAGUCGACAGAAGAGAAGUAUCAAGAACAUUAUAGCAUUUCCACCAAUAUGAACCUGGCGGAUCGCGUCACUGGAGAGGAAGCGGGAAUUAUGUCGUCUGGAAGUGAAAAGGAUUCUGAAAUCGAUUCGGUUUCGACAGCAGGCCAUCAUGCACUUCACCCCAAUAUUCUAGCGAUUGAAGAUCACGAAAGUGCAGGACUAGUGUUCCAAGAAUCGUUUGAUGAUGAGCUUCCGUAUAUACCGACUACUUUGCCAGAGGAGAGACCGAUCGGCAUUAAACUGAUACCGGCAAAGGAACGCACUCAAAUAGAUGUUAGAACCUAUCACCCACUCGAACGUCCCCGAUCGACCACUCCAAUUCAUCUUGCAUCACUUGAAGCAUAUUGCGAUCGUACACCUGUAGUAGCAGGAAUCGACACUGCAAUGCCGGCUGGAGAACACUCCCUUAACUCAACAGUGAACUGUACAGAAAAACUACUCAUCAGUUUACCGUCAAAAAAACAUAUAGAUACAUACAGUGGCAAAAAGAUAUUUGAACAUCGAUCGUCCCUUGGUUCCAUUACAAUGCCCCUGCAUACAACGUCUUCAGCAACGAAAAAUACUAGUACCGGUGUGGCUGGACGGCGACAGCAUCGUUCAGCAUCAACGACGAUAAAGAGUAGUGUGUUUGCCGAAGAUUCACAAACAUAUACGACACCACCUCCACUGCCUCCUAGAAAAACGUCAGCUACAACAACAACGCCACCCGGUCAAAAAUGGAUCGACGUUGAAGCAAUUCCCGAAAUGCGAAAAGCACCUAAACGUAUCACCGCUAUACCCCAGAAACAGCUACUUCAAAAUUUUCCGACAUCAUCAUCAUAUUCACGUCCCCUAGAAUCAGUACAGGAUGAACAAGUUUACACCUAUGUUAACCCAGAGGAUUGCAAAUGUGAAUGUCACGAUCAUGAACGUAUUGUGGUUUCCACUAGUUCCUUCGAUCAAGAACUAAGAAUAAGUAGCGAACUUGCAGAUAGCAAGGUGGACCACAUUUGUAAACCAUCAUUGCAGCCAUCCUCAUCAUAAAAGACAACAUCCAUUUGCCUUAGCACAUCUGCGAUGAAGAGGUAAUUCACUAAUUGAGAAUUACAGACCCAUCGCGAACAUGUAUUUUGAAAAUAAAUGGUCAGGGUAGAAUUAGCCAAUCAUCUAUAAAGCCAUUAUUCACAAAAUCUUCUCUGCGAUUGAAUGAAAGUUUAUUGUGUAAUAACAGUAAAGCAUUACCACCCUACUUGUAAGUUAGACCGAAGGAGCGGUUUACUAUAAUAUUGUUUUUGUAUAGCCCGUUACUUAUUCAGCCACUAAAACAAAAUUUUAUCGACUCUAUUGGGGUACGCAGAUAAUACUUCUCCCGAAAUUCGAAAAGUUAUACUUAACAUAAGACUACAGACUCGAUGAUGCAGACAAAAAAUCCAAUUAAUCGUCAACUGUGAACAGAGCUAUUAGAACAGGAAUCGAUUUGAACAUAUAAACUCUUUUCAGUAUCACAUUGCACUAUGUAUCUAAACAUGCAUUCCAUCUUUUUUUCGUUUAUCAAACAGAACGGAAUACUAACCCAAGAGCCUAGUUGGUGUGCAACCAAUCCUUACUAUCCAUUAGCGGUAUUCCCGAUAAUUUGCAAUCGAACAGACAUGUAUAGAUAGGAGUCUAGGAGAAUAGCCCUAGCUUUCUUACUUCUCCUAACGGUCAAGCCUGGCGAGGGGCGCCAAAGAUAUCCUGGAUAUGCGUAGGUAAAACAGACCCCUUCUAUCCCGUUUGUCUGAGCCGCAACUUGUGAACGUUGGAACUCCAACCAUUCCAUGCGCAGCAUUGCCAUGAUGUGUUCGACACUAAUCUUUACUGUUUUAAAUGCUCCCCGGCUGCCACACAUUUUCCCUUCUAUGUUACCGACACUUACAUUCUCGCCUAUGGCCGUUUCCAUGUUUUGCCUAGCCUUAUCGAACUUAGUUUAGCCAGUACGGCGACUCAUCAACGGCCACACGGGUCCAUUGGAGUUACUUUAAGAAGAAAAAGUAUAAAGUUUAAGAAGUAAAUGUAAUAUAACCGUGUCCUGUGAGGAACGUUAGGAGGUUCGAUAGGAGUUGAUAUCCCCGUGGCCGUUGCCCGUGGCGAGAUUAGAGAUCUGGUGGGACGUUCAACAUCGGUUUACGUUGUUCUCGCAUUUCCGCGGCCAGCUCUCUAUCGCCUUUCACCUUUUACUUCCCCACUAAUUGCAAUCGUACCACGGCCCUCGAAACGUUCUCUGCCU